AUGAAUCCUGUAAGGCGUCGGGCGCUGCGGCUGCUUCUGGCCUGGGGUUGUCUGUGCAUUUGCCUUGCUAUGUCGGAAGACUCUGGUACUGAAGGUCUGAGCUCAACUUCUUUGGUGGACUUCAUGACAAUGUCCCACUUUAAGUCCCUGGAUUCCAGUGAACAGACCAACUUAGAAUUAUCUGAGCCUGAUUUUGGUCCUGGUGCCCUGCAAGUCUCACCUGGUUCAGGCUUUUUCAGUGAGGAAAAGGAAGACCCCAAGGUCCUUCAGCCUCAGUAUUUAUGGGAGGAAGGUGGGGAGAGCAAUGAUUCCAGUUUGUAUGUGGGGCCAGCAUCAGAUUACAAUUUUCCACUUGCUUCCCAGAUAGCCUUGCCCAAAGAAAAUGGAACACAAAUGAAAGACCCUCAAGAAGCACCCACUUUUCACCCAAUAUCUGAUUCCAUUGAUCCAGACUCUGAAGCCCCUUCCACCAGUGUCCUUGAGGAAGAGGAGGAAGGGCUGCUUCCUAUAAACCAGUCAAAGGGAAUGACUCAAAGCAGGCAAAUGCCAAAAGUCACUUUUUCUGAAACUCCUGAAGAGGAUUCUUUAUACUCUAUCCUUUUCUCCACCACAACCAGCAGAAUGGGUCCAGGGACUGAAGUGGCCACGAACAAGCAUGGGAAAGAAUCUGCACUUGAGUAUUCUUCUUCAGGCUUCGACCUAGGGAGCAGCAUGGGACCCAGUCUCUUGCCUCUGUCUCCCAUCUUCUCAACUAAAACCUCUACAGGCCCCCAGCUUGUCUCAGAACUUCCUCCCAAGAUUACUCCAGAGAGCUCAGUGGCUACAAUAGAAAUAGGAGGGGAAUUAGUCUUAGCAACAGUUGCUGCAAUAGAAGGUGAUAUACGAGAAGGAAAGGCCACAACACAUGGGGAGAUUCCAAAACCCAUAGCAGGAACAGUUGUGGCUGAAGUGGAAUUGACAAGGGAAGAUCUAACAGGUUCUCAUGAGGAUAGCCCCCAAGUAACUGAGAUGGUUUCCAGGACUCCUAACAGCCCAUCAUAUCCCAGCUCUUUGGGGCAUUUUUGGGACUGGAUUAGUGAACGAGCCCCAACUCCAACUCCUAUUCAAAAUAGCCAGGAUACAAAACUUCCGGUCAUCACAACUGCUGCAGCAGAACAGAGCUUUACACCACAGAACAGAGAUAUUCACAUGGAUGUGCUUGCCUCAGAAGUUCCCUGGAGUUUGACACAGAUUAUCUGUAAGGACUGGAGCAACCUGUCAGGCAAAAACUAUAUCAUCUUGAACAUGUCAGACAACAUUGAUUGUGAAGAGUUCCGAGUGGAGAGAGGCCUCCAGUUGCUGGCACUGAUGGAGGAUGCCUUCUCCAGAUAUGACAAUGGAUUGCAGGGGCAAUGGUUGAUCUCCUUAAGCAAACCUAAUGAGAAUGACAAACGUCUGUUGAUGACCCUGGCAGGAGAACAUGGGGUUGUUCCAACAAACGAUGUCCUUCUGGCAUUAGGUGAUGUACAGAAAAGCUUAGCUGAGAUUGGAAUCCAGAACUAUACAACUAUGUCAAGUUGCCAGUCACAUCCCAGCCAGACCCACAGCGAUUAUGGGAAGCUCUUUGUGGUGCUGGUCAUUAUUGGCUCAAUUUGUGUCAUCAUCAUUAUCAUGGGACUGAUUUACAACUGUUGGCAGAGACGCCUGCCGAAAAUGAAGAAUGUGUCACAUGGUGAAGAACUACGAUUUGUUGAAAAUGGUUGCCAUGACAAUCCCACCUUGGAUGUAGCCAGUGAUAGCCACUCAGAGAUGCAAGAAAAGAAGCCAAGUGUAAAUGGUGGGGGAGCUGUUAAUGGACCUGAGACCUGGGAUGUUCUUAUUAGCAAGCAAACAAAUGAAGAGGGAGAGGUGUUUGAGGAAGAUACACACCUCUAAAUGAGGAGCCCACGUAUUGGAUUGCACUUGCGCUUGGUUUAAGGGCCUAAAGCUGAGGGUGGCUCCUCGGGAACUCAUUUUUCAGUUUUGGAAUAGAUCUGCUCAAAAUGAUUCUGAAGCAUUAGCACAGUCCUGGAGCCAGAAGGGCCACCCUGAGCAAAGGGGAUGGGGUGGGGGUGGGGUGUGUUUGUCUCUUGCUGUCAGUAGCGCCAAUGCUGUAAUCACAUUAAAAUGCACUCACUCUAGUUUUUUGGUAGAAGAAGAGAAUGAACAAGUUUGAAAAAUAAAUGGUAUCAUGCCCCAACAUGGUGCUUCCUGAAAGAUUUGCUGUGGAGAUAGUAGAACAGCUGGAGGAACUGGGUUCAUAAUCUGUCUCAAAAAGUGCAAUAGGAGAAGCUAUGAUGAAAAAUGCAUAUUGCUUGAAAUGCUUUGGGAUGUGGUUUUAAGACACUCUGUCAAUUCACCACCAAUCCUGUUGCUCAGUUGUCCAAGUGGAAGGUUUGUGGGGCUCUCUGCUAAAGCCACCAUGUAGCCCAGAAGUGCAAGCAGCUGGGCUAAGGCAUCUUUUUGUGGGCAGUAAUUUUUUAAACUUCUCUGAAUGGUUGUGUUUAGGCAAGUAAAUAUAUUCUGCACAGGUCAUGGUGUUCUGUAUUGCCCUAACCUUAGGUUCUCAUAUGAUAGACUGCAUGACUUCCUUACCUUGGUAAUUAUCUUUGCAAUAGAAGCUCCUUCAUGUGGAUCCAAAACUCUUUGUGGAAACUGCAGGAUUUGACAUGGCCGUGAAUUACUCUAGCUUUGUUGGUGAGAAUACAGAAAACUAUUUUCCUAAGACAGAAUGAAUUGCUACCAACAUUUCAACAAGGCUCAGUAUGUUCAGAAAAAUGAUAAGCAUAGCAGAUGAUUUGUCAGGAAUUCGUCAUACAUACCAGUUGGCUCUUCCCUCACACCUCUUCCAUGACCAUUGCUGGCUUGUUGAGCACAUACCAUGUUAUUGGCUCAUUUAGGUUUGUUCCUCUAGCUGGCAAUGGGCAGAAAUUGUGGGUAAACAACAUAAGAUUAUAAAAAAGCCCACUAUCAACAAUUGAAAAGGUGUGUUGGGAAGCUAGGAACUGCCAAGAAAAGUCACACUGUUAUGAUUAACCAUAUGCUCUGGGUGCCAUGUUGUUUAAAUGCAGUGUUAGGGUAAACUAACCAAUAACUUUGGUUAUGCAGUGCCCUCUCUCCUUUUUUUUUGUUACUGUGAAGGAACUGUAGUGUGGUCCAGUGCAAACUGAGACCCUACAUGAGGAGAAAUGAGCCUAGACUUUUCCCCCGGGCUCCUUGGUUCUGAAAAUCAGUGCACAUCCUGUGAGACAUAAUUUUAGAUAUUGAAAAAUUGAGGCUUUAUUAAAAAACACUAAAUUAUGAUAGGAUGAACAAUGAAUUUAGAUGAAAAGAUGGUUAGGAAGAAGGAGUGAGAUUCCUGUCCUGCAGAGAAAGGAAGAAUAAAAAAUGGAAUUAAGAAAGGGAGACUAAGAAAAAAAAUGGAGUUGUGUGAUGUCUUUCAAAUAUAUCAUCUGGUUAAGUUCUUAGGACUGGCAGUUAGAUCAGAAUAGCAAUAAAUAAAUAGUUUCAGCCUCAAAGGUGUUUCACUGCAGUUAAUUUAGUUCCUAUGAGAACUAAGGUAAUUACUGUCUCUAGUCUUGUUUGAUCUUGGAGGAAACAUAUAGGAAAUGCUGUUCUGUAGCUAUGCAAUAAAUUACAGUUUAGUCUCACUUGAUCUGUGUGAGAAAUAGAUUCAUUUAAACAAAUUUGGUUCGCUCACGAGAGCCCUUGAGAUCAAAACUAGAGCCAAGAUUUCUUGUAAGAAUGGAAAGACUUGAUUAAACCAGAAUGUCCCAAGUCUUUUUUCAGAAGCUCUCUUAAGAAACACAGAAUUUGAUUCAGUCUUACAUAUUCAGUGUUGAUAAGUAAUUUAACAUCUUUUUGCUCUGUUUUCCUCAGAAUGUUAUCCCAUAGCACAUAUCCCAUAGUUUGUCUCAUUUUGAAAAACACUGACUGCAUAUCUAGCUGAACUGUAAGUUGCUGUUAAUUAUACUCGCCCUUUAAGAGAAGAAUCACACAUAAAAAUUAAUGUGUACUGAAUGAAAAUUGACAAUUUGUAAUUUAAAUAUGUAUGUAUCUCAUCUGUAGCUCAUUUUGAGUACUGAAAUCUGUCCCCAUAACACAUAAAGUGAUCUUUUCAGCACAGUUUAAUUUCAUUUAUAAAUAAAAAAAUAUAUAAAUACUAUAUAAAUGCCUUCUCUUAGACAGUGUUGUUGAGAUAGAGGUAAACUUAUUAAUAAAUCCCUAGCUAGAUUCCAGCUGGGGUAGUAAACUUGUGUAAAUUGUAUAUUUCAAGAUUGCGUGUUCUUUCUUGUGGGGGAGAUACAUGCAUCUUAAUUUCUAAUUGAUGCUGUUUUUGAGAUCUUUUGUAUCUUUAUUCAUUUGCUUUAUUGAUUGUCUCCUUUUUGUCCUAUCUGUAUCAGGAAUUAUGAAGAAUACUUAGUUACAACUCUCUGUGUAGGUGAUGUUUUUCUUAUCUUGAUUAAAAGAAGUGAAACCACAUUUAAUUUCUUCCACUCAUAUCUCCCUAAAUUUGCUUUGCUCUUCAAUUUGGUUAUUCUUUGCUCUCAAACAAAUUGCUGUAGAGUAUGCCAACCAAAUGUUAUUAUGCGGCCAUCUUUGGGACAGAAUAUGAGUGGCAGAAAAUGGCACUAUUCUAUAUUAACCAUGACAAUAAUAGAAUGUUCAUUUAAAUGUAAGGUUAGAAAGAUUGCCUAUGAACUUUCCUUCUACAUACAAGUAGAAUCUGCAAUCCAUUAUAAAAGACCUUGUCCAGUUUGGAAAUCAUG